AGAGCCGCAUGCAAGUGUGAGGAUAUCAACCUAGCUCUUUCCGACCAUCACUCUGGGAAUGGCAGCGUUCGCGCUCGCUGAUCGUGUCGCGGUGGUCUUGGUGGCUCUCACACUGGCCUACGAUGUCCUGUGUCGCAUUCCUUGGCCUAAACCGAUUCAGCGAGCAUGGAGAACGCUGCACGCACCCUUCCGCAACUUCCUGACUUUGGAGGAUCUUGCGGAGCCUGUGGGCGAUAGAGUGCAUGAAUCCCGUCUCAAGACCAUCUCUGUCGUCGGCGUAGCGAUUAUCCAGGGUGGCGGUUUCCUGGGCUAUUUCGCAUACGCUUGCGCCGCGGGUGAUGGGGACGGAAUGGGCUGGCUUUUGGUGUCUCUGGCAUGGAUUUACACCGCGUUGAGGCUAACGUUGCAACCGCCCUCGACCCCGCCUUACCUUUCUCUGACGUUCGCCCUGCUGCAAUGCAUCUGGCCUCUCGUCGAACUCUUUAUCGACUUGGUCAGGGCUGGAACGCGAAGCAGUCUCUACGUAUCCGCGUCUUUGCGCAUCGUUGCCCCGGUCAUAUUCGUCAGCAUACUGUCUAGCCUCCCCGUUGCACCAAUCGUGCCUGCUAGAAACGUGGCUGGAACGAAAGACGUAUCUUCCUCGUCGCUUUCGUGUCCGGAAGACAAAGUCACGUUGUUUGAAUGGUCAACUUUCACCUUCGUCGAGCCUCUACUGAGUGCAGCAGACAAAGGCCGACUGAACGACGAGGACGUUUGGCAGCUAUCUCCGUACUUCAAGCACAAGAAUCUCUUCAACAAAUAUCUUGAAUACCGCACACAACAUCCGACGCAUUCACUCAUCCGAUUCUUGCUCGUGUCCAACUCCCUCGAUCUGAUUUUAGACAUUGUUAUGGAGCUCUGGGCAUCCACUGUUGGUUUCGUCCCACCCUAUGCUUUGAAAGAGAUCCUUGCUGUCCUGUCCGAUCCGACUUCCGAAGCUCGCAGCACAGCAUACUUCUGGACGCUGAUUGUAUUUGUUGCUCAUCUCUCGUUCGCGCAGGUAGAUCUCUUCCAGGGCUGGCAUCAACGUCGUUGCUAUGAAAGGACUCGAGGGCAAUUGUUUUGUGCUCUUCAUUACAAGUCUCUUGUGCGUGAAGACAUGAGUGGCAAGGUCAAGGAGAAAGAGGCCGGUCAGGACGAGCCGGAUAAUGCGAACCUUGGUCGGAUCGUGAAUUUGAUGCAAGGAGAUUCAUAUGCUGUUGCCCAGCGAUUUUGGGAAUUCAAUGGUAUAUUCAUGGCCCCAAUUAGGCUCACGAUCGCACUUGUAUUUCUGUAUCAGAUCCUGGGAUGGAGCGCGUUGUCGGGUGUCGUCGUCGUGCUUGUGGCUUACAUCGUGACCUAUCCACUUGCAAGAUAUAACGUGUUUGUGACACGUGAAUCCUGGAAAGCCAAAGAUGGCCGGAUGGAGAGGGUCAAUGAGCUGCUUCAAAACAUCCGCUUCCUCAAGUUCUUUGGUUGGGAAUACAAGUGGGCCAGUACUGCCUCUAUCGCCCGCGAACGAGAACUUGGUUGGCGGGUAAAAGAGAACAUCAUUGACACAGCGAUCUCUUUUAUCUGGACAUGGAUCCCUUCUGCAACGGCUUUGACAUCAUUCUUAUGCUACACCCUCAUUGCCGGAGAGCGCUUAACUGUGUCCAAGGCGUUCACCGCUUUGGCACUCUUCUCGCAGCUGCAGGAGCCAAUGACGGCACUCCCGGGUCAAUUCUUUGCGUUGCUGCAUGCUUAUGUCUCUAUGCAACGGAUAGAAGCGUUUCUUGCUGAGGAUGAAGUACCCAAGUGGGCCUCCACUCUCACGAACACAGAGGAGCCUUCGACUGACGGUAUCGGGUUCAACUCCGCUGUCUUUGAAUGGCAGGUACCUCCCAAAACCGUUGUGGAAGGGACACGCUUCAGACUUGGUCCUGUCAACACCUUAUUCCCGGAAGGGAAACUGACGCUGGUCAGCGGUGCUACGGGUUCUGGCAAAACGGCGCUACUGUCCGGACUGCUUGGAGAAAUGCACUGCAUUGAAGGCCGUGUACUCCUCAACAAGUCACACCAUCACAUCGCGUAUUGUGCACAGAACCCAUGGCUCGAACAUGCUACUAUCCGAGACAACAUUGUCUUCAACUCUGCAUUUGGCUAUGACGAAGAGCGUUAUCAAGCUGUGAUCGAAGCUUGUGCUCUUGUGCACGAUCUCACCAUUCUCGAGGCUGGAGACAUGACCGGCAACACAGAGAUUGGGGAACGCGGUGUUACACUUUCAGGUGGUCAGAGAGCUCGCAUUGCUCUUGCUCGUGCAUUCUAUUCUCAAGCCAAGUGCAUCUUACUCGACGAUCCUCUUGCGGCUGUGGACAUGCAUACUGCAAGCCACAUCGUGGAGCACUGCUUACGCGGAAGAUUUGCACGUGAUCGCACUAUCAUCCUCGUGACCCACCACGUGAGCAUCUGCUCACCGGUGGCACAUUACAUCAUCGAACUAGCGGACGGUCGUGUGCUGCGCGAGGGAACAAUCAAGAGUUUCGAAGAAAAUGGCACAUUACAGAAGGUUGUAGAGAUGGAAGACCAAGGCGGACUCGGGCAAUCGAUUGUGGUGAUGGAACCUGUCAAGAAAGCCCCUGCAAACGGGAAACUGAUUGAAGUCGAAGCUCGUGCAGAAGGACGAGUUUCGAUGCGAACUUACAUGACUUAUGUUCGAGCUGCUGGCGUCUGGUCUUGGAUCGUGACUCUUCUGCUGAUGCUGCUCAUCCGAGUGAUCAACAUCAGCAACCAGAUCUUUCUUGCCAGCUGGGGAGAGGCGUACGAAAAGAGUUAUCUGCGCGCUGUCAUCACCGCCGGUGGCUGGACGCUUCCCUGGUCAAAUCUGCCUUCUCCAGAUGUGGAUGUCAAGCCGUGGCUGAUGGUCUAUCUCUAUAUUUCUCUGCUCGGUGCAUUCUCUGUAGUCUUUUAUCUCGGAUUGGGCUACUAUGCCAGUCUACAGGCUUCUCGGGCUCUGUUCCGAUCUCUGCUUUCCCGAUUGACGCGGGCGCCCGCUCGAUUCUUCGAUGUCACUCCGAUCGGACGAAUAUUGAAUCGCUUUACGACUGACAUCAAUACCGUGGAUGGCGCGCUGCAAAACUCGGCACGACAAUGCUUGAGCGGAGUUCUGAACUUUGUGGCAUCAUUCUGUGUGAUUCUCGCGGUUGUGCCCACUUUCGCUCCCUUCGCACUGUUUAUUGCGUGGCUGUAUGUCCGCUUGGCUCCCAGCUAUGUCCGUGCAUCUCGGGAUCUGCGCCGUCUCGAGUCAGUCUCGCUCAGUCCGGCCUUUGCUGGAUUCGAUGAACUACUGCGUGGAAUCACGCAUGUCCGAGCUUUUGGAAUGGAGCGAAUAUACCAAGAUCGCUUCUACACCAAAGUCGACAAGUUUCAAACGUUCGAUCAUGUCUACUGGCUCGUCAGUGGCUGGCUCAGAUGGAGAUACGACUGUCUCGGGUCUCUGGUUGUAUUCGCCACUACAAUUUUUGCCUUGUGGAUGGGUGUGAGUGAUGGAGCCGCUGCUAUCGUCAUUGUACAAGCGGGCAUUUUUGCAGAGGCUAGCAGACAACUUGUCAGAGUCGCAGCUCAACUCGAGCUGGAUUUCAACAGCGUCGAGCGUAUCGUGGAAUAUUUAGAGGUUCCACAAGAAGCUCCUGCCAUCGUCGAAAAGAAUAGGCCUCCUGCAUACUGGCCUUCUGAUUCUGGAGAUGUCGUCGUCGAGGAUCUGGAGGUUCGUUAUGCCCCGGACUUGCCCUCCGUUCUUCGGAAGGUGUCUUUCAGAAUCAGCCCGUCAGAAAAGAUUGGGGUGGUGGGCCGAACGGGAUCAGGCAAAUCGACUCUUGCGUUAUCCCUGCUACGGAUGGUCGAGCCGAUUGCCGGAAGAAUCCUGCAAUAUCGACGGGGUGGACAUCUCUCAAAUAGGUCUCGAAGAUCUGCGAACGAGAGUUUACAGACCAUCGUCAGUCAGGACGUUUCCCUCUUUUCUGGGACCAUCCGUAGCAAUCUGGAUCCGUUGGGGCUCAGUUCGGACCAGGAAUGCCUGGAUGUCCUAGACCGAUGCCACAUCACCGCUCUACUGAAGCAACACGACAGCGGCAGCGAACAGAGUCUGCUCGACAUGCCUGUGAGCGCGGGGUCCCUGAGCGCAGGCGAGCGCCAGCUCCUGGCUCUCUCCCGUGCUAUUCUACGAAGGACGAAUAUCAUCAUCAUGGAUGAAGCGACUUCUCAGAUCGACUCGGAACUUGAUGAUCAGAUUCAACGCACAAUACGCGAAGAAUUGUCGAGUGCGAUUGUGCUCACCAUCGCUCACAGACUGAAGACCAUCAUCGAUUACGACCGGAUCUUGGUAUUGGCUGAUGGCCAGCUGGUCGAGUUUGGAACCCCACAGGAUCUCUUGAGAUCGCAGGGCGGUCUAUUCCGAGAUAUGUGUCGGAAGAGUCCCGAUUGGCCCCUUUUCGCAUCUAUAGCUGGCCACGAGCCACCGGAGUUCUUCUCGACUGCCAUGCCCUUUCGCUUGCGAUGGUAUCUCUUCCUAGCUGUGCACUCGCUGGUCAUUGCUGGUCCGCUCCAUCACGCUAGAAAUGACAUGGGCGGACUGGGAGGUUUGUUCGGUGAUGAAAGCUACUCCACCUCGAAUGACCCGACGAUCGCCACCGAUACACUUGAUCUCAGUACCCCUCGCCGGCAUCCUCAUCUUCCAGAGAAAACGGCGAACGGCAUCGGCGAGCUUCUUGGUACUGGGCUGUUUGGAAUAUCGUCCUCUACCACCAUUCCUUCUAUCACUCCAACCUCGCUUGGUCUUCUACCCACAAGCACCAACUCGCAAAUCACCGAAACUGGGCGGUCAGACUCGUCCGCUUCGCAAGCCCCUUCGUCUACUACCACUUCAGCACAGACGACAACGGCAAGCGACCCUGUGCUUCCAGCAAGUGGAGCGAGCGAUGUUGCAAAAUGGAAGGUUGUGGGAAUCGCUACACUAGGCGCUGUUGUGGUCUCUGCGGUGCUUCUCGCUAUCGUCUACUUCGACACCUGGUACGGUACGCUCCUUGCUCUGUUCGGUAAACAGCACGACUUCGGCAAAGAAGAAAUGGUUCCGGACUGGGCGAAGGGAGAAUGGGAAUUCAAGAUCGCUAGUGAAGAUGGUCACAGGUAUCCGACCAUGUCAUCCCUCGAAUCCAUGACCAAAAAGGACCUGGCGAGUCCUGUUCCGAACGCUGCCCCCGCUUCACCUCAUCCGGCGCAUCUGGGUCCGCUGGCACGGUUGUCUAUGUACUUGCCGUCAUUCGAUCCACAUCCUCUCGACCCUCUCUUUCGUCGACCGAGUGCCUCGAAACGUUCCAUACGAGACCGAUAG